UAUAGCCACACUCUCGCCUGAUAUUUAUUCUAUAUCUGUUUGUUUUCUCCUGCCUGCAGCCAAACAAAUGGCUCACAUGUCUCCUCUCCACGUUAAAAUCUUCACUAAAUAGUGCCUUAAUUUUGCUUAAUGUUUAUAUGUGCAUUGUCCUAUAGGUUAAGAAACUUCAUUAGAUUCAGUGGUACUGAUAUAGCCAAGUCACUUGCUUGUCUUCUUCAAGAGGAACCAGAGUUUCCUCAUUUAACAAAUUGGUCUUCUGCAACAUUCUUCAAUCAAGUCUCAGGCUUAAGCUUCCACUGCUUCUUCUCUUCACAAUUUUAUACCAUCCAUAAAGAGAAGAGAAUUCCAUGUUGAAGCAUUAGUUGCAGGCCAGCGGGGAGUGACAUAUUAUAAUACAAUGGCGUUUGUGGUGUCAUCUUCGUACACAUCCCCAAGUUUUAAGCUUGUUCCUUUUAAUCAAACUAGUCGCGCAUACCUACCAGGUGUGCAUAGGGCUUUUGAAGGCAUUAGACUCCCCAACAGUGUAGAGUCUCUUCGAAAACUAGGAGACUAUCAUGGUCAUUGUCAUGCAUCUACAUUUUCAGCCUACAGCCCAAAAGCUGGCAACAGAGCACCAAAGGUGAUCUCUGCAGUUGCUGGGAACAGUUUGGUCACAGAGGAAACCCCAGAAACCUCUGCAGAAAUUGGGAAAGGUCUGUUCACACAGGGAAACCCAGAAAUGAGACGAAUCAGUCCUGAAAGAAAUCAGGGACUGCCUAAUGUUAAAAUAGUCUAUGUAGUACUUGAAGCUCAAUAUCAAGCCUCUGUAAGUGAAGCAGUUCGUAGUCUUAACCAGAGAAGAAAAGAUGCUUCAUUUGAGGUUGUUGGGUACCUUCUAGAGGAGUUAAGAGACCAAAACAACUAUGACACUUUCCGUAAUGAUCUCUCAGAUGCUAAUAUUUUCAUUGGAUCUCUCAUAUUUAUUGAGGAGCUUGCUCAAAAAGUUAAGGCUGCAGUGGAGACUGAGAGGGAACGACUGGAUGCUGUGUUGAUUUUCCCUUCUAUGCCAGAGGUGAUGAGAUUGAAUAAACUGGGCACUUUUAGUAUGUCCCAGUUAGGACAAUCCAAGAGCCCUUUCUUCCAGAUGUUCAAGAGAAAGAAGAAGGGAGCAGGCUUUGAGGAAAGCAUGCUUAAGCUUGUUAGGACUCUACCCAAAGUCCUCAAGUAUUUGCCUAGUGACAAGGCUCAGGAUGCUAGAGCUUAUAUAAUGAGCUUGCAAUUUUGGUUGGGUGGAUCUCCAGAUAAUCUUGAAAACUUCUUUAAAAUGAUUGCUGGGUCUUAUGUACCUUCUCUGAGAAGCACAAAAAUGGAGUUUGCUGAUCCAGUCCUUUAUUUGGACACUGGAAUAUGGCACCCUUUGGCUCCUCGUAUGUUUGAUGAUGUCAAGGAGUAUUUGAAUUGGUAUGACACCAGAAAAGAUGCAAAUGAAAAACUAAAAGACCCAAAGGCGCCUACAAUUGGUAUUGCCAUGCAAAGAACCCACAUUGUUACCGGUGAUGAUAGUCACUAUGUGGCUGUUGUGAUGGAACUAGAAGCCAGAGGGGCAAGAGUUAUCCCAAUAUUUUCAGGCGGAUUAGACUUCUCUACUCCUGUGGAGCGUUUCUUAUAUGAUCCAUUCACAAAGAAAUCUAUUGUACAAGCUGUGGUUUCCUUGACUGGAUUUGCACUAGUAGGUGGACCUGCUAGACAGGAUCAUCCUCGUGCUAUACAAACCUUAGCCAAACUUGAUGUUCCCUACAUUGUUGCUUUGCCAUUGGUGUUCCAGACUACAGAAGAAUGGCUUAUUAGCACUUUGGGAUUACAUCCUAUUCAGGUUGCAUUACAGGUUGCUCUUCCUGAGCUUGAUGGUGGUUUGGAGCCCAUUGUUUUUGCCGGCCGUGAUGCAAAAACUGGCAAGUCUCAUGCACUCCAUAAGCGUGUUGAACAGCUUUGUACACGAGCAAUUAAGUGGGCUGACUUAAAGCGAAAAACAAAGGAGGAAAAGAAAGUUGCUAUCACCGUAUUUAGCUUCCCACCUGAUAAAGGCAAUGUAGGCACUGCAGCCUAUCUCAAUGUGUUCUCUUCAAUUUUCAGUGUUCUGCAGGAUCUGCAGAAAGAUGGUUAUAAUGUAGAAGGCUUGCCAGAUACCCCUGAAUUGCUUAUUGAAGAUAUAAUUCAUGACAAAGAGGCUAAGUUUAACAGUCCAAAUUUGAAUAUUGCUUACAAGAUGAAUGUAAGAGAGUAUCAGCAGCUAACUUCCUAUGCAAAAGCUUUGGAAGAUAACUGGGGAAAGCCACCAGGAAAUCUAAAUUCUGAUGGGGAAAACUUGCUAGUAUUUGGAAAACAGUAUGGCAAUGUCUUUAUUGGAGUGCAGCCAACUUUUGGAUAUGAGGGUGAUCCCAUGAGGCUUCUUUUUGCAAAAUCAGCAAGUCCACAUCAUGGAUUUGCUGCUUAUUAUUCAUUCGUUGAGAAAAUUUUCAAAGCUGAUGCUGUCUUACAUUUUGGAACUCAUGGAUCCCUAGAAUUCAUGCCUGGUAAACAAGUGGGACUGAGUGAUGUGUGUUAUCCUGACAGUUUGAUAGGAAACAUCCCCAAUAUAUACUACUAUGCCGCCAACAAUCCCUCUGAGGCGACCAUAGCAAAACGCCGGAGCUAUGCUAACACAAUUAGUUACUUGACACCUCCAGCAGAGAAUGCUGGAUUGUAUAAAGGUCUGAAACAGCUAAGCGAACUGAUAUCUUCUUAUCAAUCACUUAAGGACAGUGGAAGAGGCACACAGAUAAUCAACAGUAUCAUCAGUACUGCUAAACAAUGCAACCUUGACAAAGAUGUUGUUCUGCCAGAAGAAGGGGCAGAGCUUCGGCCUGAAGAGAGGGAUUCUGUGGUGGGUAAAGUUUACAGUAAGAUAAUGGAAAUUGAAUCUCGCUUAUUACCUUGUGGAUUGCAUGUUAUAGGCCAACCACCUUCUGCAAUGGAAGCUGUGGCUACUCUUGUCAAUAUAGCUUCCCUGGACAGACCUGAGGAAGAGAUAUAUUCAUUGCCAGGGAUCCUUGCAGAAGCAGUGAACCGAAGUAUAGAAGAUGUUUACAGAAACAGUGAUAAAGGAGUUUUGAGAGAUGUAGAGUUGUUAAAACAGAUUACAGAUGCCUCCAGAGGUGCUGUCUCUGCAUUUGUUGAUAGGACAACAAACCCGAAAGGACAGGUGGCUGAUGUUGCACAAAAGCUUGGAUCUAUACUUGGAUUUGGACGAAAGGAACCUUGGACUGAGUAUCUAGAAAAGACAAAGUUUUGGAAUGCUGAUCAAAAUAAACUACGCACCCUCUUUGAAUUUUUGAGUGAUUGUUUGAGGCUAGUUGUGGCUGAUAAUGAACUUGGGGCAUUGAAGCAAGCUCUAGAAGGCAGUUAUGUUGAACCUGGACCUGGAGGUGAUCCGAUCAGGAAUCCUAAGGUACUACCCACUGGGAAAAACAUUCAUGCACUGGAUCCUCAAGCUAUUCCAACUGAAGCAGCACUGCAGAGUGCUAAAGUGGUAGUUGAGCGGCUUCUAAAAAGGCAAAAAGCAGAUAAUGAUGGAAAGUACCCAGAAACAGUUGCAUUGGUUCUCUGGGGAACAGACAACAUCAAGACGUAUGGUGAAUCACUUGCACAGGUACUGUGGAUGAUAGGUGUCAAACCUGUAGCAGAUGCUCUAGGUCGAGUCAACAAGGUGGAGCCUGUAUCUUUGGAGGAACUUGGGAGACCCCGUGUUGAUGUGGUGGUGAAUUGUUCUGGAGUUUUCAGAGACCUGUUUAUCAAUCAGAUGAACCUCCUUGACCGAGCAAUAAAAAUGGUAGCUGAGCUUGACGAACCUGUGGACAUGAACUAUGUAAGGAAACAUGCCAUAGAGCAAGCUGAAACGCUGGGAAUUGGCGUCCGCGAGGCUGCCACUCGAGUAUUUUCAAAUGCAUCUGGAUCCUACUCGUCUAAUGUCAAUCUAGCUGUUGAGAAUUCUUCUUGGAAUGAUGAGAAGCAAUUGCAGGACAUGUAUGUGAGCAGGAAAUCUUUUGCUUUUGACUCUGAUGCUCCAGGCGCAGGCAUGAAGGAGAAUAAAAAAGUGUUUGAAAUGGCGCUAUCAACAGCUGAGGCUACUUUUCAGAACCUAGAUUCAUCUGAGAUCUCCCUUACAGAUGUUAGUCAUUACUUUGACUCGGACCCCACAAAUCUUGUACAGAGCCUGAGAAAGGACAAGAAAAAGCCCAAUGCAUAUAUUGCAGAUACAACCACAGCAAAUGCACAAGUCAGAACUCUGGCUGAGACAGUAAGGCUAGACGCAAGGACAAAAUUACUUAAUCCUAAGUGGUACGAAGGAAUGCUUUCAAGUGGGUAUGAAGGUGUUAGGGAGAUUGAAAAGAGGUUGACAAAUACUGUGGGAUGGAGUGCUACAUCUGGCCAAGUGGACAAUUGGGUGUAUGAGGAAGCAAAUACCACUUUCAUUGAAGAUGAAAACAUGUUGAAGAGGUUGUUGGACACAAACCCAAAUUCAGUCAGGAAGCUAGUUCAGACAUUCUUAGAGGCAAAUGGAAGAGGUUAUUGGGAAACGUCUGAGCAGAAUAUUGAGAGAUUAAGGCAGUUGUAUCAAGAGGUUGAAGAUAAAAUUGAAGGCAUUGAUAGAAACUAGAUUUGUUCAGUGAAGUUGUAUGUAAAAUAGGAUUUCUUUAUUAGAUUUUUUAUUUUGGUUGUUAUUAUAGUAGAAUCUAAUAUGUACAACAGAUUUCAGUCAGCAUUUUAAUUGAAUGCUCAAAACAUUCUUAAGUUA